GUGCGGGAGAAGGACGCCGUGCGCCGUGUGUCAGCGUUUUAACGGUGUUAGCAUGAAGUGAACUUUUCCAGGGAUUUAGUAAUUAUCUAAAAGUCCAGAUGAACGUGUGUGCUCUACAGCUACAUGCGAAAGACACUAAGAAAAUUUAAUGACGAGGAGAGUCGACGGGCACGAUGUUCAGUUUGAAUAUGCUGUAUUUAAAAGAAUACCUGUACGGAUUCGGCGACUAUAUAGGGUUUGAAAAAUGGUCCGAGACUAUAUCAACAGUCGUGCAUCGGAAUCUGUUCAUGUUCCAAGUGGUAACUGUCCUGCUCAUUCUCUAUGCAAUUCAGAUAAUUCUAAACUAUGUUCGAGACUGGAGCAACAAGGAUUUGCCAGAGGCAAGACGGUCUGGAAAACGCUUCAGGAAAAGGGAUAAGAUGAUGUACUACGGCAGGAAAAUUAUGAGAAAGGUGAAAUCUGUAGCCUCAUCACAAGAUAUGAAAGGCCAGAGGCGCAAAAUAGCAAUAUCAAAAUUUGCCAAGCAGAUACUUCUGCAAAUGAGCAAGGAUUCAACACCCACACAACUUAAGGUGUUAGAACCUCCUGCUGAAUAUUUGGAAGAGGAUGUUACAAGCAAAACAGACAAAGGAGUCCCCCCUGAUGUUGUAUAUAUGUUGCAGAGUAUAAGAGUCUUUGGACAUUUUGAAAAGCCUGUGUUUUUGAAACUGUGCAGACGGACAGAGAUAAUUAAUGUUCCUGCUGGAUCCUUUCUUUUCAAGAUUGGAAAUCCUGAUGAAAAUGUCUAUAUUGUUCAGAGUGGAAAAUUAGUCGUUUUCACCCAAGAAGGUAAUACACCACCAGUGGAGCUAAAGAUUGUGAGGCCUGGUGAGACUGUGACAUCGUUACUCAGUUUCACAGAUGUUUUAACAGGUCACACAAGCUCAUACAAGACUGUAUCAGCGAGAGCUGCAGAAGAUUCUACAGUGCUGCGUCUUCCCAUGUCGGCAUUUCAAGAUUUGUUUGAAGACUACCCCGACAUAUUUAUUCGAGUGAUGCAAGUUAUAAUGGUGCGUCUUCAGAGAGUAACAUUUACUGCUCUGCACCAGUAUCUGGGUCUGUCAUCAGAAUUGGUUAACCAGAAUUCUCAGAGGAAGGAAGCCAAAACUCCACUUGCAGUAGUGAAAAAACAAUCAAAAAAUGUACUCCAGAAGACUUCAGAUUUUGCUCAGCAUGAGUUAUUUUUGACUAGGAAUCAGACUGAUAAUUUUAAGGCAGCUACAGAUUCUGAGUUUCACCAAUUUUCACUCAGUAAUCCACAGCCAGAUAUGCUGGAUUCAACACCAUGCUUGCCAACGGCACCAGCUUCAAGAUGUAGCCCAGAUACCUUAAUCCAGUCAGACAGUGCUAGUUAUGAUGAAGCUGCUUUAGUUGAAAUUGCAACGGCAGCAUUUGUGAAAGAGCUGGGUCUUCAGGAUUCAAGUGUUCUGUCUGAUGGAAAAGUUGAAAUACGUGAAGUGUCAGCAGGAACUUACCUAAUGAAAGAAGAGAGCCAUAAGGAUGUGGCGUUGGUGUAUCUAGUCACGGGUGCCUUAGUUGUAUCACAGAAGCUGACUGAUGUUGAUGAAGAGGUCUUGAUGUUUAAAGCCCUUCCAGGAGAAAUCGUUGGAGGUCUUGCUGUACUCACUGGAGAACCAAGUUUUUUCACCAUUCGUGCAGAAACUGCAUGUAUUGUAGCACUGAUGUCAAAAACAACAUUUUAUGAGGUUAUGUGCCAUGAACCACGUGUUGUGCUCCACAUUGCCCAUACAGUUGUUAGGAGGUUAUCACCAUUUGUUCGUCAAGUAGAUUUUGGUCUGGACUGGGUCUUUGUUGAAACAGGACGUGCAGUCUACAGGCAAGGUGAUGAGUCAGACAGCACUUUUAUUGUUCUAAGUGGUCGUCUAAGAUCUGUAAUCACACACAGCAAUGGCAAAAAGGAGCAAGUUGGUGAAUAUGGCAAGGGUGACCUUAUUGGAAUUGUUGAGAUGGUGACACAUACCCCUCGAGGCACAACAGUUAUGGCUGUUCGUGAUUCUGAAUUGGCAAAACUUCCUGAAGGACUUUUCAAUGCAAUUAAACUGAAGUAUCCUGUUGUUGUAACAAGACUGAUUCAUCUGCUAGGGCACAGAAUACUGGGUUCUUGGCAGAGACCACAUGGAGGUGUACCUGUUGAUAGCCGGCCCUCUCAUGGAAAUUUUUCAACAGUUGCAAUAGUUCCAAUUUCUGAUGAUGUUCCUCUUGUGCCUUUCACAUAUGAACUGUACCAUGCAUUGCGCAGCAUAGGUCCUACUUUAAGACUGACAUCAGAUGUGAUUCGGAAUUCUCUGGGUCCAUCCAUUUUGGAUCCAAAGAAUGACUACAGGUUAACUUCUUGGUGUCUUCAGCAGGAAGACCAGCACAAAAUUACACUUUAUCAGUGUGACUUCCAGUUUACUCCAUGGACUCAACGCUGUGUACGUCAGGCUGACUGCAUUCUUAUAGUUGGUUUGGCAGAGAAGGAGCCAACAGUGGGAAAGAUUGAAAAAGAAAUAGAACGCCUGGCAGUACGGACACAGAAGGAGCUUGUUCUGCUGCAUCGUGAUCGCAGUAAAAAACCAAAAAAUACAGUGGCGUGGUUGAACAACAGAAACUGGGUAUCGGCGCACCACCACAUUCUCUGCAAAAAACGUCUCUUUACUGAAAGGACAAAUGCUAGACUUGAGGAACUGUAUAAAAGAGUCUUGCAGACUGUUCCAGAUGCACAGUCAGACUUCUCCCGUUUGGCUCGGUGGCUUACCGGUACUUCAAUAGGCCUUGUUCUGGGAGGUGGUGGUGCACGUGGAGCUGCACAUGUAGGCAUGGUCAAAGCAAUUGAGGAAGCUGGCAUUCCAAUUGAUAUGGUUGGAGGUGUCAGCAUAGGUGCCUUCAUGGGUGCUCUGUGGUGCAUGGAGAGGGAUGUCACUACAAUGACGCAGAAAGCUCGAGACUGGUCUAAGAGACUCACCCACUGGUGGAGGCAGAUGUUGGAUCUCACCUACCCAGUAACAUCAAUGUUUACUGGUCGUGAAUUCAAUCAUACUAUACGUUCUACUUUUGGAGAUACUCACAUUGAAGAUCUCUGGGUCCCAUAUUUUACCGUCACAACUGAUAUUACGGAAAGCUGUAUGAGAGUGCAUACACAUGGUUCUUUGUGGCGCUAUAUAAGAGCAUCUAUGUCCCUCUCAGGAUACAUGCCACCAUUGUGUGAUCCCUCUGAUGGCCACCUUCUUCUUGAUGGUGGCUAUGUCAACAACUUGCCAGGUCUCCUGUGGCGAUAUGUUCGUGCAAGUAUGUCAAUAGCUGGUGUCUUACCUCCAAUGUGUGAAACAGAUGGUCAUUUACUUCUAGAUGGAUGUUAUGUAGACAAUGUCCCAGCUGAUGUUAUGAGAAAUCUUGGUGCAAAGCAUGUUUUGGCUGUUGAUGUUGGCUCACAAGAUGAUAUUGAUCUCACUAACUAUGGUGACUGCCUCUCUGGGUGGUGGUUGCUAUGGAAAAGGUGGAACCCAUUUGCUACACCGGUGAAAGUUCCUAAUUUGCCAGAUAUUCAGUCAAGACUGGCAUAUGUUUCAUGUGUGAGGCAGCUAGAGGAAGUGAAGAGUAGUGACUACUGUGAAUAUAUCAGGCCACCAAUUGAUAAGUACAAGACACUGCAGUUUGGCAGUUUUGAUGAAAUAAAGGAUGUUGGAUAUCAUCAUGGUAGCACAUAUUUUGCUGGCUUAAGGAAAGCAGGCUGUUUGCCAUUCCUAAAAACAGAAACAAGCAAGGAAGAUUUUGUUGGAAGAAGUGAAACAAAAUGUGAUUUAAACCGCAUAUCUGGAUACAGUUUCACAGAUUUAGCACAGCUGGUGUGUAGAGUACCUCAGCGUAAAAGACAAGCAGUAACAGAUGAUGAAUAUAUAGGAGACAAAAAAGAUGCUGAAAAAGAAAACAUCAAGGAAAGCUUUAAAAUAGUCUCCACCCAUAAUACCACAGAAAUGAGAGGGGCAGUGGAAGGUAGUGAAGAAAUGUACCAUUUGGAUACAGUGGAUAGUAAAACUUCUACACCACAGAAACGUGCUGCUAGUUCUCUUUCACUCUCUGGUUACAUAAAGGGCAGCAAUGUUGCAGAGGAUAAAAACAGUAUGCAAUAUCAGGGCAGAUGAAGAUCAAUUAAGUAAAAUUUCGACAAAUCUGUGUUCCACUGAAGAAGACACUCCAAUGAAAAUAUAAGUGGUCCAAAGUGGUGUGAAACAGUGCUUGAAUUUUAUAGUGUGCUGCUAUUAAUACUUGACCUUUUGUGAAGAACAGUUGUUGCAGCUACAUAUUCACUGGAAGCUGGUAGUGAACUGUGAAUUGCAGUGUCUAUUUAUUUAUUUUUUCUAUAGCUCUUCACAGUUUAGAAUGUGAUAACCUGCAAUUUGGACAGUGACGUGUAAGAAUUUUGUAAAUUUUUGUACAGUAACCUUUAUACUUAUAUUUGUACUAUGUUAGUGAUGAAACUCCUCGCAAUAAAUGUCUCAAGAUGCUCUGGA